CCCGCGCAGGCUGGCGCGAGCGAGUAGCGGUGCUGGAGGAACCUCCUGGCGGGGCUCCGAUCCGUGUCCUCCCGCGACCUCGCUGCGGCCCCGCGGGCGCCGAGGACAGCCGGGUGACGCGGAGGCGGCAGGUGCCCGACAGCCGUCGGUAGCCGCGCGUGGGUCCCGGGCCUGGCUCGCCCGCUGGCCGGCGUCGCCCGCGGCCGUCACCUGUGGAGAGCGCGGCUGCCCCGCCGCGCCGCCGGCCGCGGAGGGGACUCGGCGACAUGUGCCCCGCGCUGCAGGACCUGCCGCAACCCGGAGGUAUGAAGAACACACUGCAGGAUGAGAUUGAAGCCAUUCUGCGGGAGAGGAUUAUGGUGCUUGAUGGCGGAAUGGGGACCAUGAUCCAGCGGUACAAGCUAAGUGAAGAAAAGUUCCAAGGUCAAGAAUUUAAAGAACAUGCCAAGCCACUAAAAGGCAACAAUGACAUUUUAAGUAUAACUCAACCUGAUGUCAUUUACCAAAUCCAUAAGGAAUACUUGCUGGCUGGAGCAGAUAUCAUUGAAACAAAUACUUUUAGCAGCACCAGUAUUGCCCAGGCUGACUAUGGGCUUGAACACUUGGCCUACCGGAUGAACAAGUGCUCUGCAGGCGUGGCCAGAAAAGCUGCUGAAGAGAUAACUCUGCAGACAGGAAUCAAGAGGUUUGUGGCAGGAGCUUUGGGUCCGACUAAUAAGACACUCUCUGUGUCUCCAUCUGUGGAAAGACCAGAUUUUAGGAACAUCACAUUUGAUGAGCUUGUUGAAGCAUACCAAGAGCAGGCCAAAGGACUUCUGGAUGGUGGGGUUGAUAUCUUACUAAUUGAAACUAUUUUUGAUACUGCCAAUGCCAAGGCAGCCUUGUUUGCACUCCAGAAACUUUUUGAAGAGAAUUAUACUCCCCGGCCUAUCUUUAUUUCAGGGACGAUUGUUGAUAAAAGUGGGCGGACUCUUUCUGGACAGACAGGAGAGGCAUUUGUCAUCAGUGUGUCUCAUGCAGACCCACUCUGCAUUGGAUUAAAUUGUGCUCUGGGUGCAGCUGAAAUGAGACCUUUUAUUGAAACCAUUGGAAAAUGUACAACAGCCUAUGUUCUCUGUUAUCCCAACGCAGGUCUUCCCAACACUUUUGGUGACUAUGAUGAAACACCUUCCAUGAUGGCCAUGCACCUCAAGGACUUUGCAGUGGACGGCUUGGUCAAUAUUGUUGGUGGAUGCUGUGGUUCAACACCAGAUCAUAUCAGGGAAAUUGCUGAAGCUGUGAAAAAUUGCAAGCCCAGAGUUCCACCUGCCACUGUUUUUGAAGGACAUAUGUUACUGUCUGGUCUAGAGCCCUUCAGGAUUGGACCAUACACCAACUUUGUUAACAUUGGAGAGCGCUGUAACGUGGCAGGAUCCAGGAAGUUUGCUAAACUCAUCAUGGCAGGAAACUAUGAAGAAGCCCUGAGUAUUGCCAAAUUGCAGGUGGAAAUGGGAGCCCAGGUGCUGGAUAUCAACAUGGAUGAUGGCAUGCUAGAUGGUCCAAGUGCAAUGACCAGGUUUUGCAACUUCAUUGCUUCUGAGCCCGACAUUGCUAAGGUGCCCUUGUGCAUUGACUCUUCCAAUUUUGCUGUGAUUGAAGCUGGGUUGAAGUGCUGCCAAGGGAAGUGCAUCGUCAACAGCAUUAGUCUGAAGGAGGGAGAGGAGGACUUCUUGAAUAAGGCAAGGAAGAUCAAGAAGUUUGGAGGUGCCGUGGUGAUUAUGGCUUUCGAUGAAGAAGGACAGGCGACAGAAACAGACAUCAAAAUCAGUAUUUGCACUCGAGCCUACCAUUUACUUGUGAAAAAACUGAAGUUUAAUCCAAAUGACAUUAUCUUUGACCCCAACAUCCUCACCAUUGGUACUGGGAUGGAAGAACACAACUUGUAUGCUGUAAAUUUUAUCCAUGCAACUAGAGUCAUUAAAGAAACAUUACCAGGAGUCAGAAUAAGUGGAGGCCUUUCCAACUUGUCCUUCUCCUUCCGAGGAAUGGAAGCCAUCCGAGAAGCAAUGCAUGGGGUUUUCCUUUACCAUGCAAUCAAGUUUGGUAUGGACAUGGGAAUAGUGAAUGCGGGAAACCUCCCAGUAUACGAUGAUAUUCACAAAGAACUUCUCCAGCUCUGUGAAGACCUCAUCUGGAAUAAAGACCCUGAGGCCACUGAGAAGCUCUUACGUUAUGCCCAGACUCAAGGCAAAGGAGGGAAGAAAGUCAUUCAGACUGAUGAGUGGAGGAACAGCCCCAUUGAAGAACGGCUUGAGUAUGCCCUUGUGAAGGGCAUUGAAAAAUAUAUUAUUGAAGAUACUGAGGAAGCCAGGUUAAACCAGGAAAAAUAUCCCCGACCACUGAAUAUAAUCGAAGGACCCCUGAUGAAUGGCAUGAAAAUUGUUGGCGAUCUUUUUGGAGCUGGAAAAAUGUUUCUACCUCAGGUUAUAAAGUCAGCUCGGGUCAUGAAGAAAGCUGUUGGCCACCUUAUCCCCUUUAUGGAGAAAGAAAGAGAAGAAAACAAAGUGCUUAAUGGCAUAGUAGAAGAAGAGGACCCUUACCAAGGCACCAUUGUGCUAGCCACCGUGAAAGGUGACGUGCACGACAUUGGCAAGAACAUAGUUGGAGUGGUCCUUGGCUGCAAUAAUUUCAGAGUGAUUGAUCUAGGAGUCAUGACUCCCUGCGAUAAGAUACUGAAAGCUGCUCUUGACCACAAAGCAGACAUAAUUGGCCUGUCAGGACUCAUCACUCCUUCCCUGGAUGAAAUGAUUUUUGUUGCCAAAGAAAUGGAGAGGUUAGCUAUAAAGAUUCCGUUGUUGAUUGGAGGAGCAACCACUUCCAAAACCCACACAGCAGUUAAAAUAGCUCCAAGAUACAGUGCGCCUGUGAUCCAUGUCCUGGAUGCAUCCAAGAGUGUGGUAGUGUGUUCUCAACUGUUAGAUGAAAAUCUAAAAGAUGAAUACUUUGAAGAAAUCAUGGAAGAAUAUGAAGAUAUUAGACAGGAUCAUUAUGAGUCUCUCAAGGAGAGGAAAUACUUACCCUUAAAUCAAGCCAGAAAACAUGGUUUCCAUAUUGACUGGUUGACUGAACCUCACCCAGUGAAGCCCACGUUUAUUGGGACCCGGGUCUUCGAAGACUAUGACUUGCAGAAGCUGGUGGACUACAUUGACUGGAAACCUUUCUUUGAUGUCUGGCAGCUUCGUGGCAAGUACCCGAAUCGAGGCUUUCCCAAGAUAUUUAACGACAAAACAGUAGGUGGAGAGGCCAAAAAGGUGUAUGACGACGCCCACAAUAUGCUGACUGCACUGAUUAGUCAAAAGAAGCUCCAGGCCAGGGGUGUGGUUGGAUUCUGGCCAGCACAGAGUGUCCAGGACGACAUCCACCUGUAUGCAGAGGGUGUGGUGCCCCAGGCUGCGGAGCCCAUAGCCACCUUUCAUGGGUUGAGGCAGCAGGCUGAGAAGGACUCUGCCAGCACAGACCCGUACCUCUGCCUCUCGGACUUCAUCGCUCCUCUGCAUUCUGGGAUCUGUGACUACCUGGGCCUGUUUGCUGUUGCCUGCUUCGGGGUGGAAGAGCUGAGCAAGGCCUACGAGGACAGUGGUGAUGACUACAACAGCAUCAUGGUCAAGGCGCUGGGCGACCGACUGGCAGAGGCCUUUGCAGAGGAGCUCCAUGAGAGGGUUCGCAGAGAACUCUGGGCUUACUGCAGCAGUGAGCAGCUGAGCGUCAGCGACCUGCGCAAGCUCCGGUUUGAAGGGAUCCGGCCAGCUCCCGGCUACCCCAGCCAGCCUGACCACACCGAGAAGCUCACCAUGUGGAGACUGGCUGACAUCGAGCAGUGCACAGGCAUUAGGUUGACAGAGUCCUUGGCAAUGGCACCCGCCUCUGCAGUGUCUGGCCUCUACUUCUCCAAUCUGCAGUCCAGAUAUUUUGCUGUGGGGAAAAUUUCCAAGGAUCAGGUUGAAGAUUAUGCUCUGAGAAAGAACAUGUCUGUGGCCAAUGUGGAGAAAUGGCUUGGACCCAUCUUGGGAUAUGAUACAGACUAACUUUUCCUCCCCUAACUCUGCCUCCUUUUAACCUUCUCUGCUUGCUGACCUCAAGGAGAUAAGAUUCAAAGUGCCUUAAUAACAAAGUCCCGUGUGCAUCUGGUCGACACAGCCCUGCUUCUAGCUUUGGAAACCAUCCCAGAGACGCUGUAGAGGAACAGGGCUUCUAGGGACUUCUGGAAGACAACACUGUUUUUCAGGGACCUUGAACGAGUAGCAGGGAGGUUCCAUGGCUCUCAUGGCAUCCCUGGUCCCUUGGGGACCUAGGAUAAGCUGGAGACGGGUCUUUUGCAUUUCAAAGCAAGUCAGCCUGCUUUUUUUCUAUUUUUACCUUGGAUCUAGGAGGGAACUUAUUUCUCCUAGAAAAGAAGCCUGAGACUUGGUUGGAAUAGAGAAUAGAGAAAUGUGACCCUGUGGCAAAGUGCCACUGUGAAAAAUGGGGCAUUUUAAUCUAAGUGGUCCCAACAGCAGACUCCGAUGGGAAAGAAUAUCUCUGAUCUUCUGGAAAGACCUCAUUUUCUAAGGCUCAGUUAAAUGGUUGCAAAACUCCUUUUGGCAAAGGCAUCUCACUGCUUGCCUGUCAGAAAUACCGAGUUGUUGGCCCUGCUGUGGCCGAGUGCAGUCAUGCUCUCCAGGCUUUUUUGUGCUCCCACAAUUUCCUAAUCCCUAAGAGAGGAUAAGAGGAAGUGGAGAGGGAAUGACAGUUAAGGGUGGUUCAUAUCUUUUAGUUGUCUUCAGAAUUGAACAGGGUCUUAGCUCAGCUGCAGUGGCCUUUGCAGAGUUGGACUGGUGGACAGUAUGAUGUCACUCAAUUCUUCUUUUUCUGUGCUGACCCAGCUCCAAAUUCAUAUAGUUUGGAAAUAGCACAUCGGCUUGUUCUGGGUCAUUUCAGGGGAAAUAGUAAGAGCAUGGACUUUGAAGUCAGAUAUACACAGACUCAUGUUUCCGCUUGGCUACCUAAUUGCUGUUUGAUAUGAGUAUAUUACCUAGACUUUCCAACACUGCUUUCUCAUCUGUAAAGUGAGAGUGAGGAGUAGUUUCUGUCGAGACGAACAUAGACAAAAAGAGAUGACUUGAGGAACAGUUAACGUAGCCUCUGGCACAUCGCAAGUGCUUAAUGAAUGGUAGCUUCUGUAGAGUUCUGUAGGUAGCCCAGUCUCAGCAUGUAGCAGGUAUUCCUGAAAAGAGAACAAGAGGUAAACAGAGGGCAAAAGAGUGGGGAAACCUGCAUGGUAAUUGCUGGACUGAACCUGCUAGUUCCCCUUCAGGGAUUCAGACCCCAUUUGGCAGGGAAAGAGAAGCUGCCUCCUCUGUUAUGUGCUUGACUGGGACUGACUCACUAAGAGGCAAACACCAUCCCUCAUCUCCCUGGAUAUUGGCUGGCCAUGCCCCUGAAGCAGUGGUACAUUCAGGUGUGUUGGAGGUGAAAGGGGAAAAAAAGAGACUUCGGAAAUUACCCUACAUAGCCAUAGCACAUAUAUAUUCACGGCAGAAUGCAUACAUUUCUGGCAUUGCUUGCCCCUGGAGUGAAGGUAAUUGUGCACUUUCUUGAGGUACAUUUAACUCGUGCCAGAUGGAGAAUGGUACUUGGUGUCCUGAGCCACUUAGUUGGACUUAUUUCCUGUUCCAUAGCAGGUGUAUUAUUUAAGCUUUGGUACGUUUUUCUGUGAGAAAAAGAAACUUUCUUCAAAUAUCUUAAUGUAUUUUAUCUGAAUAGUUACUAAGAGUGUCCUGGUCAUUAAAUACUUGUCAUGUCUUCUCUCAGCUGGUUGUGAGAUAGUUACCUUGAAUGUGUUGUCAGUCUAAUCCCGGGACAGACCCCUUUAUUUCUAAAGACAAAAACAAAAUUUUUAAGUUCAAGUACCUGUGUGAUCAUUAAGAAUCUAAAAUACAACCUGAAGGCACUCUCCUGGGUUUGUUUAAGGUGUCAGAGGCAGGACUUGAAAGGCAGGGAGGUAACGUUCUGGACUUGGGUCUUCCCUCAGUGGCUGGCUCUGCUCACGACCUCCCAUCGCCAGCAUCUGGGACUGACAUGCACGGCACACUCGGCACCUCUGCAUUCAGCAAGGCUCCACGUUAACUUCCCUCUAAAGAAUCGUCCCCGUGCUGCUGUGGGUACUGCUGUUACUGAGGUGGCUGGUUUGCAGGGUGGCAGUUGAGCUCAGGGCUUAGCAUACCAUUUCUCCUCGGGCCCUUCUGGUGGCUGCACCGUCUGCUCACACUGACCCAUAGAGGACGGUCAGGCGUGCUGUCCACAGACCUUUGGGUGCCGCCCGAGUGCCGGCCGUUUUUCACAUCCUCUGCUUGAUUCACACCCCCCCACCCCACCCCUGUGUGCAUGUUCCCAUCACUCCCACCACUGAUGACCUCUUGACAGUCCCAGUGACCUUUCCAACAGGUUUAUUUUCUUUGGUUUUAGACAAUGUUGGCCAGAUUUUUCAAAAACUUCUUCCCUGGUUCCCCCUUGAUAUCCCUUUUCUGGUUAACCUUUAUAUUUAUGAUAAUUUCUCAGCCCUUUUCAUAAUUUUCUCUUUCUCGGCCCACUUAAACUUUCAUGUCCCCAAAACUUUGUCAGUAGUUGCCUUCUCAGGCUGCUGUUUCAGAGGGCAGUCUUGACCAGGCAAUACCUGCAGGUCACUCCAUCCAGACUUCCCUCUCCUGGUGCACACAGUGAUGCUCAGCUCCUUCCUGAGGUCAUGCUUGCGUCUCACCCCCACAUCCCAAACCCUGUCUUUGAUGCCUCUCAUUUUACCCUCAGCACAUUCACUGACAGGGAGAGAUACUUCUGCCUAAACCGCAAGCCUCAGGUUCACCCAUAGUCUUUUCUCAAAACUUUGCACUUAAAGAUGCACUUCUACUUGAGUUGGAAUGGUAGAUGUGUUCAAGAAGACAGUGAUUGAACCCUGAUUUAGCAUUUGAAGAACAAAGAAUUGGGCACAGUGGCGCACGUCUGUAAUCCCAGCAGCUCAGGUGGCUGAGGCAGGAGGAUCACAAGUUCAAAGCCAACCUCAGCAACUUAGCGAGACCCUGUCUCAUUUGAAGGAUAUGACUCAGUGGUUAAGCACCCCUGGGUUCAACCCCUAGUACAAAAAAUAAAUAAAGGAUAAAGAAGCAACAAAGGAACUUCUAAUGAACUCUCUUUGUUCAUGAAUGGGACUAUUAAAAAUUAUAAAGAUACUACAACUUCCCAAAUUGAGCUAUAGAUCCAAUACUGUUUCCAAAAGAAAUUCCAACAGAGGUUAUGUUAAACAUAAGCAAAUGUUUAAACUUAAGUAGAAUAGCAGAGGACUAAGUGAUCAUAUGCUUCUAAAGAUGAAGAGGUUUAGGGGAUUUGUCUUACAGUAUAUCAAGUUUUAUUAUAGAGUGUCAUGUGGGGCAGGGGUGACUUUCCGAGCAGUACAAAGCCUGGAAACCAGUCCAUGGAUGUGUUGUGUUGGCCUUGGUGACCCAGCAGGAAUGGUGUAGCCCAUGAGUGAGGACUGGAGGUACUGCUUGAGAAAUACAGUGGGAAAUGAGCAUUAGUGCUGCUUCCCCUCUUGCUGAACAGCCAAUUCCUGAUGUGCAAAAUACAAACAACAGACGUUGUAAACGUUUGCAUGAAAGACCCCAUAAGGCAGGAAUGAAUCUCUUGAGACACAGCACUAAUCCUAAAGAUGAUUAAAUCAACCCAGCCAAACUGAGGACUUACGUUAAGCAAAUCAUUUCUGUGACGAGACAGGCCAGAACUUAAGAAGACUAUUACAUUACAAAUAAGAUUAGUUAUAUAGUUUCUAUUUUGAAAAAAUAGAAGAAAUUUAAAAAGGCAUUUUGCGUGGGGCUUAUAAACAAAUAGGAAGACAUUGCUGGAAUUACUGACCAUGCCAGCAUGAAUGGAGACCACACUCUUGAUCCCAUUGUUUAUCCAUGGGAUUUGCAGACAUGGCCUGGUCACAUAAGGGUCAGAGAAGAUUUGUGGAGCUCACACAGUGUGCACAUCACCACUCUUGUGGAGAACAGGCGCACCUCGCCGAUGUGAAUGUCUGUAGACCUUGUGAUCCAGCUUUCAACCAAGUCAUGUUCAACAAAAUCUCGUACGUUGGUGUAUUUAGGAAUGUGCAAGAUUGUUCAUAGUGAUGUUCUAGUUUGUAACUAGAAAAAGUGAAAUGUGUCUAUGGAGCAUGGAUUCAUAAGUUAGGUAUAUUUACUCUGAGUGCUAUUAUUCUGUAAUGAAAGUGAAUGACCUACAGUUAUACCUUGCAAUAAGAAUGAAUCUCAAGCUGGGUGUGGUGGUCCACGCCUGUAAUCCCAGUGGCUCUGGAGGUUGAGGCAGGAAGAUAACAAGUUCAAAGCCAGCCUCAGCAAAAGUGAGAUGCUAAACAACUCAGUGAGACCCUGUCUCUAAAUCAAAUACAAAAUUGGACUGGGGAUAUGACUCAGUGGUUGAGUGCCCCUGAGUUCAAUCCUGGGUAUCUCCCCCUAACAAAAAAAAGCAAAAAAAAGAAUGAAUCUCAAAAUGUUAAUGGAAAAAAUUUCCAUGACACUACUUAAAGUAGUAGUAUUAUCACUAAGCUAAAAAAACAAAAAGCAAAACCAAAGAGUAUGUUGUCUGAACAUGCAUAUAAAACUGUACUGUUAAGAAAGGUUACAGUGAUAAACCAAAAUUUAACUCAGUGAUUUCCACAGGAGGAUCAAUAAAUAGGGACAGACAGAAACAUAGGUAAGGUAAGGACAAAUGAAUAAUGUUCCUAGUCCUUGGGU